GUUGGAAGCGUCCUUAAAGAUCAUAGAACCAUGAAAGGGGUUGGGUUGGAAAGGUCCUUGCAGAUCACAGAGCCGUGGGAUGGUUGGGAUGGAAGGGUCCUUACAGAUCACAGAGCCAUGGGAUGGUUGGGAUGGAAGGGUCCUUACAGAUCACAGAGCCAUGGGAUGGUUGGGAUGGAAGGGUCCUUACAGAUCACAGAGCCAUGGGAUGGUUGGGAUGGAAGGUCCUUACAGAUCACAGAGCCAUGGGAUGGUUGGGAUGGAAGGGUCCUUACAGAUCACAGAGCCAUGGGAUGGUUGGGAUGGAAGGUCCUUACAGAUCACAGAGCCAUGGGAUGGUUGGGAUGGAAGGUCCUUACAGAUCACAGAGCAGUGGGAUGGUUGGGAUGGAAGGGUCCUUACAGAUCACAGAGCCGUGGGAUGGUUGGGUUGGAAAGGUCCUUACAGAUCACAGAGCCAUGGGAUGGUUGGGAUGGAAGGGUCCUUACAGAUCACAGAGCCAUGGGAUGGUUGGGAUGGAAGGGUCCUUACAGAUCACAGAGCCAUGGGAUGGUUGGGAUGGAAGGGUCCUUACAGAUCACAGAGCCAUGGGAUGGUUGGGAUGGAAGGGUCCUGAAAGAUCACAGAGCCAUGGGAUGGUUGGGAUGGAAGGGUCCUUACAGAUCACAGAGCCAUGGGAUGGUUGGGAUGGAAGGGUCCUUACAGAUCACAGAGCCAUGGGAUGGUUGGGAUGGAAGGUCCUUACAGAUCACAGAGCCGUGGGAUGGUUGGGAUGGAAGGUCCUUACAGAUCACAGAGCCAUGGGAUGGUUGGGAUGGAAGGGUCCUUACAGAUCACAGAGCCAUGGGAUGGUUGGGAUGGAAGGGUCCUUACAGAUCACAGAGCCAUGGGAUGGUUGGGAUGGAAGGGUCCUUACAGAUCACAGAGCAGUGGGAUGGUUGGGAUGGAAGGGUCCUUACAGAUCACAGAGCCGUGGGAUGGUUGGGUUGGAAAGGUCCUUACAGAUCACAGAGCCAUGGGAUGGUUGGGAUGGAAGGGUCCUUACAGAUCACAGAGCCAUGGGAUGGUUGGGAUGGAAGGUCCUUGCAGAUCAACCAUUCCCCCUUGCCCCAUCCCUCUGCCCCAUAAGAUACCUCUCCCCCCCCUCUGCCCGUGCCCCCUUUAAGCCCCCCCGCUCCCCUCUCCCCAAAUUGAGGUCAGAGCUCCGUGCUGUGGGCUUGCGGCCGCUCUCCUCACGCGCAGCUCCGUGCCCCAGAAAUUCACUCUGGGUCGGACUCAGCCCUUCCCAGCGCUGCUCCUUACCCUCAUUAAUCCCAGACUGCCUUGGAAAUUAAUACAUUAUUAUUAUUAUUAUUAUUAAUUAUUACUGGCAGUGCUGGGUCACGCUGGCCAUGUGACCGCGAGG